CACCGCAAAACGUGGCUUGUGGCUGCGGAAGAGGAGGAAGGUAUGCUGAGGGCUCGGAUCCAAAGAGUUCAGGUUCCCCUGGGUGAGGCGCUGCGACCCAGCCAGCUCCCCCCAUCCCGGCUGCCUCAUAUGUGGCAGCUGUCCCAGGCUUGGUGGUGUUGAAGAACUGCUGCUUAAACUCGUGCCUGGUGAUUAAUCUGGAGCAGUGGCUCUAGGAAGAUGUCGUUGUAUAUUUUGUACAAUAAAUGAUUCUCUCUCCACUGAAAUGCAGCCACCUCUGAGGUGGAAGCAGUUAAACAACACACAGCAACAUCACACAAGAGUGUAGGACAGGCAGUGAAGAGGAGUAUUGUGUCCAAGUGAAACAUCAGGGGGAGUUCUAGUUCUCUGAACAUGUCCCAGAAGGAUCCCUGCCAGAAACAAGCCUGUGAAAUACAGAAAUGCUUGCAAGUGAACAACUACAUGGAGUCUAUGUGUGAAACCGUGCUUCAGGAAAUGCGGAAGUGCUGCGCCCGGUACCCCAAGGGCAGAUCCGUCUGUUGUUCAGGGUUUGAGAAAGAAGAAAGGGAGAGAGAAAAGUUUAAGGCGACUUCAGAAGGAAUUCCCCCACCACCUCAGUAACACAAUGCAGCUCCAGCAGGUACCGGAGCACGGACUCACCUGCAGAGCUCGUGUGUGUUUUUUCAAGCCUUCUUUAGACUUUCAGGAAAGCCAGAUCGCUCCUAGAACACACCAUCCGGCACACCAAAAAGUAUACCGCGGUACACCAACAGAUGGCCUGGUUAACAGACUUUAUUUUCUGUACCAAAACAUCAUCUACAUUGUCUUUGCAUCGCACCUGUGUCUGUGAAAAGUCAACUUGAUGUUUUUAGAAUGCUUACCUUACUCUAAUCCAUCCUUGCGCUCAAAACAGAGAACUGGAACCAAGUUAUUCUGGCAUAUGGAGCGGGAGGUACAGGAAAUGAGCUCAGAAGAGUGAGUGAGUUUAAGCGUGACAUAUGAAACAAGCCCAUUUUGACACAGCAAAGGUAUUGCUGCCAUCAUGCAGUAGUUCCAGACAACAUUUGCCUGUCCAGUGGUUCAAGCUCAAGAAUGGGAAUCAGGUCUGGGGAUUGUUCCUAGGUCUUGCAUAGAUCACGAGUGACUACAAGUCACUUUGCCUAAGUGCCUCACUUUCCCACUGGACAGACUUUUGGUUACUUUAUAUUUGAAUUGCCUACACGCUGCUAUUUGCAUGACAAAGAUGUUACAGGAACAUUAUUUCAGGGAUUGCUACAGGAAUAGGAUUUUUUUUAAAAAAGCAAUAUUCAUUUGAGAGAUCUGACUGUUGAUAUAAAAUUUAUAAAUUUAUGUAUAAUUGAACACCUUUAAGCAAUAUGUUACGAACCCAGCGUAAUUCAACCCGCUGGCACCCAGAGGCCUGUCACAAAGCCCUGGGCUAGAUCCAAGAACUGAUUUAGGUGCUGCUUACAGAACAAGCAGUUGUAGGUACUUGCUUUCAACACAGUAUUUCAGACUCACUCACAACCCGGCUGUGUCUGGACCCCAGGAGGAGAUGGCUUUUCAGAAGUUCUCACGCGUGCAGCAGAAUUUCCUGUGACCUGUAGGAAGAGCUCGGUAGACAGGUUCCUGCAUCACCCUUCAGAGCUGCCUAAGUCUCUCCAUCCCCUGUAGCAGGAGUCCAGGCACCUAAAUACCAGACUUCAAACCCACUAGGCCCCUAACUCCGUCAUUAGAUCUAGCCGUAAAGGACUUUUGUGCUGUGAUCAAGUACAACUUACUUAUGAAAUACAGCUUCUAUAAACAGACCACUGUAGUCUAGGCACAAUAGUUGAGUGUAUUGAAGCCUAGAAGAGCAAACCAUCUGUAUUCACUGCUCUGAAAUACCAUGAUACAAAAUAAAUGACUGGAACAAA